AUUUCAUUGGCCAUCUCUUGACCUUCCUUUUUGGGAACGUGCAUAUAUGCAGAACAUCUACGUUUUUUCUUUCUUUCCCUCAAACCCCCAACAUCCUUGACUACUUUUUCGCGCUUCGAGCUUCAAGCCUCUAAGAUAUCAUCAACGACCCAGGUGUAUUCGCUAUACUCUUUCACUCUCAAGACUCUUCCACCUCUCUACAACGUCUUUUCGCCUGAACAUCAACCUCAACAUGCGUCACUGCAACAGAUGCCGACGCAAAUUCUAUUCAGAGCAAUCCUUUCACACUCACUGCUGCAACAGAAAUGAUCAUCCUUACUGCGUAUCCUGCCGGCUACCAUUCAGAAACCUCGACGACUUGCACUGCCAUCUUUACCAGUACCAUGAUGAAGACACAUCCUUUAGCGAUUCAGACUGCGACUUGAACGAAGAAAGUAACUCCGACCCUUGCUGCCAUACCUGUAACCGCCAAUUCAGGAGCUCGGCCAGCCUCUAUCAGCACCUCGCCGGUAGCUCGCGACACAACUGGUGUUUUGUCUGUUCGAAAGAUUUUUCAAGUCCAAACGCCCUUAAUCAGCAUUCAUCCUCCCAGGUUCACCGUUCACGCGAUAUCAAAUGCCCUCUGUGCUCUGAGCAAUUCAAGAUGGCCUCAGCAAUCGCUCAACACAUCGAAUCUGGUGCUUGUCACCACGCCAUCAACCGACACACCGUGACUCAAGCAAUCCACAACCUCAACCUCAUUCCAACCAUCUCGAUUAACCGUCGUAUCGCCGGAAACUCGGAAAGCAUCCCAACAUCCCGCGCUAUUACGACGUACUCGGCCUCUGAAUGCGCAUAUAACGGCACUGCGUAUGAAUGCUACCUCUGCGAUCGAACGUACAACACUCUGAACGCACUCAACGCGCAUCUGGGCUCGCCAGCGCAUGAUUCGAAGGAGUUUCGAUGCCCGAAAUGUCAAAAGCAGUAUUCUUUGAUCUCGGGUCUUGUGCAACAUAUUGAGAGCGAGGUGUGCGGCGUGGCUAGGUUUGAGGGAGUCCGGGAGCAGAUGUUGGAAUUGACGAGUGGUCACCAUUUCCAGAGAAUGUUGACGAUGUGAUACCGCAAUGGGGCCGCGCUACAGUAACCGAAUUCUGCACCAUAAUAAUAGCUGAAACUUCACUCUUCUUUAUGUACUCACUGUAACUUAUGCACCUAGCACUAUAACUGUACCUAAUGGCCAUGGAGAAGGCUUUUCAUCAUACAAGGAGCAUCGAUAAAGAUCCUAAUGAAGCGAAUGCAAUUUUCAUGCAUAGUUCAACCAGAGCGCUCGAUUAGUUGAAUGCGCUCAAUAUAAUGAACCCCAUUUUCGAAAGUCAGUGAUCCACGACAACAUUUGAACUGAAUAUCCGCACCGAACAAGCAAAAGGAGACUGGUGGGGUUUGAAUAUCCUAAGAUGAGAAGAGAUAUGAUGAGCCAAAAGAG